UUGGAGCAAGCAAGCGCGCGGGGACCACAACACGCGCUCCACAGCUCGCACCUACCGGGUCCUUUAUGCAGAUUUGUCUUCCACGAGGACGUAAUUAAAACCCUGUCAGGAGUGGAGCUGCCAACCUCAGCGCUCCAUUACAUCCCGAAACCUGGUGGGAUCACUGAUGACCUUUGUUGCUGCCCUCACCAGCUCCAGUUUUUCCUCCUGCUCUUCCUCCUUAUCCCUCUCCUCCCCUUUCUUAAACUCCCCCUCCCCUCCUCCUCCUUCUCCUCCGUGUCUCCCAGCCCCAGGCUUAUUACUCAAACCCACUGCAGGGAGCAACACAGUAGCUGGCAAAGGAUGAAGCAGGUCUGCCUGCCAACAGCAGACAGAGGAUAGAAGACACAAAGGGACCAGCGAAGGGGAGAGAGACAGAGAGAGACAGAGGAGACGACUAGUAAGGAGAGCUGCAACGAAGCUGUGAGAGAAACCAACAACAACAUUCAAGAUGCCACGCCGAAGGAAAAACACAAGUUUCACUUGAGCGUCAUGAGCCAGCAAGGGGGCCCCUAACAGAUCUAGAACUGUGGACUCCUUCUUAACCAACUUCUGGCUUACACACUCUCCUGCUCCCUGGGGCUCCAUGUUCACACCUGAUAUGCCUCUGUAAGACGUGUGAGCCAUGCCAGCCAAGGGGAAGUACCUGUUGAACGACCAGGAGCUGAAAAAUGAGGCACUGUACCGCAAGUUCUCCUGCAUCAGCCAGUAUCAGCCGCUGGUGCUCCUGCUGGGCCUCUCCAUGCUCUCCUGUGGAAUCCUCCUCAUUCUCUUCUUUGCCCUUCGACUGAGCGCAAAGGAGCACUGUGCCUUCGUGAGCGUGGUGAGCGGCAGCCUGUGUGUGUUUCUGGCCGUGUUUGUGCUGGUGUGUACAGAGAUGCUCUCACAGCGAUGGCGGCGUCUGCUGGGCCUGAUUGUAUGGGCCACACACCUCACCAUGGGCUACACCUUCAUCUUCAGCGGCCCCAUCAUCCUGCCUUGGGACCAGGUGCCUUUCUUCCUCUUCAUCAUCUUCACCGUGUACACCAUGCUGCCGUUCCAGCUGUGGUACGCUGUGGUGCUGAGCUUCAUCUCCUCACUGUCCCACAUCAUGGUCCUCACACUGUACCUCACCAUUUUCGAAAAAAAAUCCACUCCUUGCCUUACCAACCAGCUGCUGUCCAAUGCAGUGGUGUUUCUGUGUGGCAGUGUGGUGGGAGCCUUCCACAAGGUCCUGAUGGAGAAAACCCUGAGGCAGACCUUUCAAGACACCUUGAGGUGCCUGAGCAUGCGGAUGAAGCUGGAGAUAGAAAAAAGACAACAGGAGAACCUGCUGCAGUCCGUGCUGCCCGUCUACAUCUCCAUGAAGAUGAAGCUUGCAAUCAUGGAGCGCUUGCAAGACUGUAAAGACAAAGAAGAACAACAGCGACUGGUCAAAGAUAACAACUUCCACAGUCUUUAUGUGAAGAGGCACGAGAAUGUCAGUAUUCUGUAUGCUGACAUUGUGGGCUUCACCCGAUUGGCCAGCGACUGUUCUCCCAAAGAGCUUGUGAUUAUGCUCAAUGAAUUGUUUGGAAAAUUUGACCAAAUUGCCAAGGAAAACGAAUGCAUGAGAAUCAAGAUCCUUGGAGAUUGCUACUAUUGUGUGUCAGGGCUGCCUGUCUCUCUGCCUAAACAUGCUAAGAACUGCGUCAAGAUGGGCCUGGACAUGUGUGAAGCCAUUAAGCAGGUACGGGAGGCCACAGGAGUGGAUAUCAACAUGAGAGUGGGCGUGCACUCAGGCAACGUGCUCUGCGGUGUCAUUGGCCUUCGCAAGUGGCAGUUUGACGUGUGGUCGCAUGAUGUCACGCUGGCCAAUCACAUGGAGUCAGGGGGCCUUCCCGGACGUGUCCACAUCACAGAGGCGACUCUGAAGCACCUGAACAAGGCUUAUGAAGUGGAAGACGGUAAUGGCCACCUCAGGGACCCCUACCUAAAAGAGCUCAAUGUCCGAACCUACCUGGUCAUUGAUCCUCGGUCUAAGGAUCCGUCAUCCAACAGCCGUAACGCGCCUAAACCUCGAGUGAAUGACGGUCUGAAGAUGAGGGCGUCCGUGCGUAUGACCCGUUACCUGGAAUCUUGGGGGGCCGUCAAACCUUUUGCCCACCUUCAGAGUCGAGAGGGCUUCACCACGGACCCUAUUGUCAACGGCAAGUCCCGCAGCAAGGACAUCCCUCUACGAUCGGCCCCCGGCUUCAAGCCAACUGAGAGGAACAAAUCCCAGAAGAGCAAGUUUGACGAAGAGCUGCACAACGAGAUGACUACUACAAUAGAUGAGCUCAGCAGCAAGCAGUGGUCUAAGACUGAAGAGAGUGGCAGUUUAGCUCUGUGGUUUCCUAAGAAAGAUCUGGAAAAACAGUACCGAGCCCUGGACCUGCCGAUGUUCAAACACUAUGUUGGCUGUGCCACCGUCAUCUUCCUCUGCAUCUUUUUGGUUCAGAUGUUUGUCACAAAGGAUCAACAUAUGUUGGGCAUGUCAUUUGGAGGGUUGGUCUGUGUGCUGCUGCUGACCCUGGCCAUCUGUUUCGCAGGUCACUUCCAGCGCCUGUUUCCUGAGAAGCUGUCGAGGUGCCAGUGGCUGCCAGCCGUGUCCGAGGCGGUGGUGAAGCGUCCGUGUGUGCGCCUCCCUCUGGCCACCGUCACCACUACGGUCAUCAUUAUCCUGGCAGUGUUCAACCUGUGCUUCGUCUGGACACCUGUGCCAGAAUGUCCCAGUGGUGUGGAGGACCUGCAUCACAAAAAUGAAUCCUUGCGCAGGGAUCAGAUGACAUUUUCUUCUACCUGCCUUUCUGGCAUUUGUUUAAUUGAGUACCAGAGAAGAUACUCUGUGUACUGCUGUAUCCUAUCGCUCAUUGCAUGCGGGGUCUUCCUCCGGGUGAGCUUUGAGCUCAAAGUGCUCUUCCUCGCCCUGGCCUCCACAGCGUACUACAUCAUCAUCCUCAGCACCAAUAGGGAACUCUUUGUGGCCUACGGACACUUUCUCUUUGCUCAACAACUCGACAGCUGGAACUGCAGCAGCAGUGAAGAUCACACCGUCCUGAGAUGGUUAGGGCUGGUGAAACACCCCCAGGUGAUGAGCUGCAUUUAUAUCACCCUGUUCCUCGUCACUAUGCUCAUCAUCUCGCAACAGAAUGAGUCCUGCUUCCGCCAGGACUUCCUGCUAAAGUACAAGAACCGCACAGAGCAGGACGAGAUCGAGACCAGGGAGAACCUGAACCGCCUGCUGCUGGAGAACGUGCUGCCGGCCCACGUGGCAGCGCUGUUUGUCGGGGAGAAUAAAAAGAACGAGGACCUCUACUACAAGUCCUACGACUGCGUCUGUGUGAUGUUCGCCUCAGUGCCGGAUUUCAAAGAAUUUUACACAGAGUGUGACAUCAACAAGGAGGGUCUGGAAUGUUUGAGGCUCCUGAACGAGAUCAUUGCUGACUUUGACGAGCUGCUGUCCAAACCAAAGUUCAGCGGCGUGGAGAAGAUCAAGACAAUUGGCAGCACUUACAUGGCCGCUGCAGGGCUGAGCGGGACGCCCGGUCAUGAGAACAAUCAGGACAAAGAGAGGCAGCAGGCCCAGAUAGGGAUCAUGGUGGAGUUCGCCAUCGCUCUGAUUGGGAAGUUGGACGGCAUCAACAGACAUUCCUUCAAUAGCUUCAGGCUUCGUGUGGGCAUCAAUCAUGGCCCGGUGAUAGCCGGAGUGAUCGGGGCGAGGAAGCCUCAGUAUGACAUCUGGGGCAACACGGUGAACGUAGCCAGCAGAAUGGAGAGCACCGGGGAGCUGGGAAAGAUCCAGGUGACAGAGGAAACGUCCGAUGUGCUGCAUAAGCUGGGCUACUCAUGCGAGUGUCGGGGAUUGAUCAACGUGAAGGGCAAAGGGGAGCUGAAAACCUUCUUUGUGUGCACCGACAUGAGCAAGCAGCAAGGUAUGGGUCUGAGCUGAGGCCCGGCCGCCACAGCCAACGCACCUGGAGACGGACUCAUGCCAAGAGUUUAAAGACUCCACGAGUGCUGAGACAGAACAAUCAUUGAUACAGCUGUGUCCUGUGAUGGUAAAGAAUGAAAGGAUACAUACUGAGGACUUUACCGCGUGUGUUGGAUGUGACACUGAACACUUUCUACUCCGGACCUGUUGAACGGAUCAGGAUGUGGCAGUCAUGGUGGAGAGAUGGUCACUCGGUUUUUCUACAUACAUUUUACGUCCAGUGCUCAGUCACUUUUGUUUUUUUUUUUUUUUUUUUUUUG